AAACCCUUCAAAAACUAACAACUCAAAUGUUCCCCAUGUGAGUUGAAGAAUUUCAAACAAUAACUUGGAAGAUAUCAGUGCAACAAUUGAAUUCAAAGUCCUUUCACGGGAUCCAGAUGAGCGUUGAAGAUAAUGACAGCCAUGUGUGGUUUAGUUAGUGAGGACUUCAUGCAGAAAAUCUAAACCGGCGCUUUCUGGAAGGGUUGGGACAGACAAGCAGGACAUUGGAGCAGUUACACAUUGACUUGGAACACAAUUUCAGCACAAGUGGUACAUAAUAACGGAAGACACAGAAAUCUUCUCUCUCUCUGGAUGAAAGACGUGAGGAGAGAAUCUGCUUCGCUGCCAGUCUGUUGGAUUUUUUUCGUCAUUGCAAUGGCACCAUACCCAAGCCUGGCAUUCCUGCUGGUGUGUUUCACCUCUUGCUGGGGUGGGAAAAUUCUGGUCUAUCCUUGCGACGGAAGCCACUGGCUCAACAUGAAACUUCUGGUGGAGGAGCUUCACUCUCAAGGCCACGAGAUCACAGUGCUGCGAACAUCCACCAGCUGGUACGUAUCUGAGAAGUCUCCCUACUACACUUCUAUCACCAUCAUGCUGGAGCACUGGCAGAACAUUGAGAGCCAAAACUACAUGACGUCCUUCCUGAAGAGGUCCAUCGAGAUCCGGCGGCGCAGAGGCUCCUUGUGGGCUUUUGUGGAGUUUUACAAGAACCUUUUCAGCCUUAUUGGGGAGAACCAGGUGACUGUGGCCAACAUGGUGGUUAGCAUAUUUGAAAAUCAAACACUUGUCAAAGAACUGAAAGAAAGCGGAUACGAUCUUUGUUUGACAGACCCGGCCUUUCCAGGUGGGGUGCUGGUUGCUCACUAUCUGGACCUCCCCAUGGUCUUUAACGUGCGCUGGCUUUUCAAUGGAGAGGCACACUUUGCCAUUGCGCCGUCCCCUCUAUCGUACGUUCCCACCCUGUUCUCCCAUUACUCGGACAAAAUGGACUUCUACCAAAGAAUCAACAACAUCAUCUAUCACGGCGUUCUGCUUUACAUGUACCACUAUGUGUCCAAUCCGCCUUACCAGGCCGUGUGUGAGCGCUAUUUCGGAGGUGACGUCAGCGCCAUGUCUCUCAUGCAGGGAGCCGAUAUCUGGCUGAUGAGGGUAGACUUUACCUUUGAGCUGCCUCGUCCCACCAUGCCCAAUGUGGUCUACAUUGGAGGGUUUCAGGGGAAGCCCUCCAAGCCUCUGCCGGCGGAUCUGGAGAACUUUGUGCAGAGUUCUGGAGAACACGGAGUGGUGGUUAUGACUUUAGGAACUUUGCUGGGGGACCUCGGCCCUGAGUUAUCCGAGAUCAUCGCCUCUGCUUUUGCCAGCCUCUCUCAGAAAGUCGUGUGGCGACAUAUCGGGAAGAGACCCGCCACUCUGGGCAACAACACCCUACUGGUGGACUGGUUGCCUCAGAACGACAUACUUGGCCAUCACAAGACCAAAGUUUUUGUAACCCACGGGGGCACUAACAGCAUAUACGAGGCCAUCUACCACAGCGUCCCGAUUUUGGGGAUUCCGCUCAUCUUCGACCAGCAUGACAACAUGGUGCGAAUGAAGGCUCGUGGCUGCGCCGAGACUGUAGAUGUGGCGACGCUCGACGUGGAAUCGUUCACCGCUUCGCUGAUGAACAUUCUCGAUCCCCAGAAACCUUACAAGCAGAACAUGAUCAAACUUUCCCAAAUUCAUCGCGACAAGCCCUUGAAGCCCAUUGACGCUGCCGUCUUCUGGAUAGAGUACGUCAUGAGGCAUAGAGGUGCGGCACAUCUGCGCACAGAGUCGUAUAAGUUGCCGUGGUAUGCCUAUCAUUGUUUGGAUGUAAUUGCAGUCCUUGCAUUUUUCUGUUUUGUAGUCGUUGCAUCAACUUGCGGUUUCUGUGGAUGUCUUUGUAAGCAUCUAGUAGGAGCCAAAAAUAGCACCUUUAAAUCUAAGAGAGAAUAGAUCCGGAAGCUCCUGCAAAGCAGUUUGGCACUUGUCACAUUCAAUUGAGGGCUUUUGAGAAGAGUAAAAACCUAAAACAUUGAAAUAAAAGUCAUACUACCUACUAGAGACAGGAAAGACAUUAGAUAAUAAUUAAUGCUUAUGUAUUAAGGUGUGCAGAACGCGACAAACACUUUUUGCUAGUUGAACCUAACAGCUAACAAGUUUUGCGUCAACUAACCAGUCAUAGGACAGCAAAAUAGGUGUUGCUGUGGACCAGAUCUCUGUGAGGCAAAUUUGAAAUCUGAUUGGUUUUAAGAAGCAGUGUGAUUAAUUCCCAGUUCAGGAAUCAUGGCACUCUCUUGUUCUGUGAGAUCAACGCGGGUGAUGUGGGAAAUUAUCUAGUUUGACUUAAUUGAGCUGAAAAGUAGUUUUUUUUAAUGCAAAUAAUGAAUCAAUGUUUAUAUCAGGGCGGCCCGGUAGUCCAGUGGUUAGCGCGUUGGCUUCACAGUGCAGAGGUACCGGGUUCGAUUCCAGCUCCGGCCUCCCUGUGUGGAGUUUGCAUGUUCUCCCCGGGCCUAGGUGGGUUUUCUCCGGGUGCUCCGGUUUCCUCCCACAUUCCAAAAACAUGCAUGGCAGGCUGAUUGGACGCUCUAAAUUGUCCCUAGGUGUGAAUGUGAGCGUGGAUGAUUGUUCGUCUCUGUGUGCCCUGCGACUGGCUGGCAACUGAUUCAGGGUGUCCCCCGCCUACUGCCCGAAGACGGCUGGGAUAGGCUCCAGCACCCCCUGCGACCCUUGUGAGGAUUAAGCGGUUCGGAAAAUGGGUGGGGGGUGGGUGUUUAUAUCAGCUACGUGCAGGGACAGGCAAUACAAUAAAAUGCUUUUCCUUUAAAUGGCUGAAAGUGCAAUAAAACUGCUGCCAUUCACACAACAGAAUAAAUUGUAUUUGCCUUUGAAAAUAUCAGCUUUUGUGUUCAGUUAAACAGGCUCAGUUUUAUACCGAAUCAAUUUGUGAGUGAAUUGAAAUUAAAUCAUUUUGAUUUCACUCUCCUGACAUGAUAUUUUUGUUUGGUGGGUUGCUGUGACAUUUUGCUGAUCUAAAAUGUGUACUUGGGUCAAUAAAAGUUGGAAAACA